GAGGCUUGAGGGCGAGGAGAGGACAGGGCCUGGGGAGGGGCUUCGCGGAGGAGGCCUGGGGGACGAGGAGGAAACAAGGCCUGGGGCGGGGCCUCCGGGGCGGGGCCUGGGCGCGGCCCGGGCUCCGCAGCUCGCGGGGAAUUUCUGCUCUGGCUCCGGCAGGCACAGGCAGCUCGGGCGGUGCGCGCGGGCUCCACCCCCGGCCCCCGCCCGUCCGCCUCGCGCCCGCGCCUCCCAGUUCCCAGAGCCGGGGCUGGGACUCUAGGCAGCGGCGGCGGCUCUAGGCUGGGCUGCUGGGCGUGGGGCCAGGGCGGGACGGGAGAGGCUGCGCCGGCGGCGGAUCGCGCAGAGGGCGGUGGCCUCGGCCGGCCGAACCAUGGCGGCCCCGGAGCCGGCGCCUAGGCGGGCCCGGGAGCGGGAGCGGGAGGACGAGAGCGAGGACGAGAGCGACAUCCUGGAGGAGAGCCCGUGUGGUCGCUGGCAAAAGCGGCGGGAGCAGGUAAACCAGGGGAACAUGCCAGGGCUUCAGAGCACCUUCCUAGCCAUGGACACGGAGGAGGGGGUAGAGGUGGUGUGGAACGAGCUCCACUUCGGAGACAGGAAAGCCUUCGCGGCGCACGAGGAGAAGAUCCAGACCGUGUUCGAGCAGCUGGUGCUGGUGGACCACCCCAACAUCGUGAAGCUGCACAAGUACUGGCUGGAUACAUCUGAGGCCUGCGCGAGGGUCAUCUUCAUCACAGAGUACGUGUCAUCAGGCAGCCUCAAGCAAUUCCUCAAAAAGACCAAGAAGAACCACAAGGCCAUGAACGCCCGGGCCUGGAAGCGCUGGUGCACGCAGAUCCUGUCUGCGCUCAGCUUCUUGCACGCCUGCAGCCCCCCGAUCAUCCACGGGAACCUGACCAGCGACACUAUCUUCAUUCAGCACAACGGCCUCAUCAAGAUCGGCUCCGUGUGGCACCGAAUAUUCUCCAAUGCGCUUCCGGAUGAUCUCCGAAGCCCCAUCCGCGCUGAGCGAGAGGAACUUCGGAACCUGCACUUCUUCCCCCCAGAGUAUGGCGAGGUGGCCGAUGGAACCGCUGUGGACAUCUUCUCCUUUGGGAUGUGUGCGCUGGAGAUGGCUGUACUGGAAAUCCAGGCCAACGGGGACACCCGGGUCACAGAGGAGGCCAUUGCUCGAGCCAGGCACUCGCUGAGUGACCCCAACAUGCGGGAGUUCAUCCUUUGCUGCCUGGCCCGGGACCCUGCCCGCCGGCCCUCUGCCCACAGCCUCCUCUUCCACCGCGUGCUCUUCGAGGUGCACUCGCUGAAGCUCCUGGCAGCCCACUGCUUCAUUCAGCACCAGUACCUCAUGCCUGAGAAUGUGGUGGAGGAGAAGACCAAGGCCAUGGACCUGCACGCGGUCUUGGCAGAACUUCCCCGGCCCCGCAGGCCCCCGCUGCAGUGGCGGUACUCGGAAGUCUCCUUCAUGGAGCUGGACAAAUUCCUGGAGGAUGUCAGGAAUGGGAUCUACCCACUGAUGAACUUUGCAGCCACUCGGCCCCUGGGGCUGCCCCGUGUGCUGGCCCCACCCCCGGAGGAGGUCCAAAAGGCCAAGACCCCGACGCCAGAGCCCUUUGACUCUGAGACCAGAAAGGUCAUCCAGAUGCAGUGCAACCUGGAGAGAAGCGAGGACAAGGCGCGCUGGCAUCUCACUCUGCUUCUGGUGCUGGAGGACCGGCUGCACCGGCAGCUGACCUACGACCUGCUCCCAACGGACAGCGCCCAGGACCUCGCCUCGGAGCUCGUGCACUACGGCUUCCUCCACGAGGACGAUCGGAUGAAGCUGGCUGCCUUCCUGGAGAGCACUUUCCUCAAGUACCGUGGGACCCAGGCCUGACCCGGAGCCCCAGCCCCAGGGGACCAUGCCGGGGUGCUGCCUGGGCAGGCCAUGUUGGGGAGACCCCAGCACCGCGGGGCUGCCCUCCUCCAUGUGCCUGGGAGCACAAAGGCCCCGGUAGUGAAGGAACCCCCGCCUCCUGAGAGUGGGGCUGACCCUGCCUCAGGCGCCGAGGGGUUGGGGGGUGGGUGCGGGGAAGCCGUUAGGCCUCCCAGGUCCUUAGGAUCAGGGUUGCCCCGAGAACCCCUUCCCAUAUCCUCCAUUCUCCGCCCUGCGUUCCUACCCAGGCUGCCUGGCCAGGGCCACUGCCUCCUCAGCAUGCAGGAGGCUGCCCUGUAGGGAACCCCAGCUCUGGGGCUUGGGGGUGAGGGUCAGCCCUGGACAGACCUCUGCCCAGGGAACUGCUCCAUGGGGUCUGGGAGAGCAGCCAUCCCUGGCUGGCACCAUAGACCCACACAAGGAGCCUGCACAACAAGCCAGUGGUGACACACCUGCAGGUGUCAGGCAUGGCACUGGGCACGACAGGGACCUGGCAGGAGAAACAGACCACAGAGAGGUCUGGAGUUGAGGCUGUCAUCAGCAAAGCCCCUGGUCCCACACAGCUCUGCCCUAGAGCCACCUCUUUGACCCUUUACCCACCCUAAGACCAGAACCUGUAGCCCCUCGGCAGAUCUCCUCUGGCCACUGCAGCCUCUCCAGUGGGCUUUUUCUGUCAUGCAUUCCCUGGCCUGGAGGGGUCAGGGACCCCACAUCCUCUCUGCUCCUCAGACUCACACCCCCUCCAUAUUACCUCCCGCACCUCCUCCCUGGGGCAGCUGCUCCCUGGGCCUCUGAGGAUGUCAGCUCCUGGCUCCCUGCCUCUCUCCCACUCCACUCCUGGCUCAGUCUUAGAGAUUUCUGUGCCCUCAUGGAUUCUACCCCUGCCUUCCUGGCCUCUUGAUUCUUGGCUUGCCUCUCCUCCAAUUCCAAACUUAGUGAAAUGGCCUUAAGCAUUUUAAACUAUAUGUAUAAAUUUAGCACAUUCAUGCCUUUUUAAAAGCAUUUCAAAUGUCAACCAGGAAGGCACACCACUGUAUUAGUUUUAUACUGCCGCUGUAAAAUUUGCCACAAACUUAGUUGUUUAACACAAAUUUAUUGCAAUUCUAUAGGCUGGAAGUCUGACUACGGGUCUCACUGGACUAGAAUCAAGGCUGGCAGGCUGCCUUCCUUCCUGGAGGUUCUAGGGGAGACUCUGUCUCCUGCUCCUUCAGGCUGCUGGCAGAAUCCACAUCCUUUUGGUGGCAGGGCCAAGGUCCCCACUUUCUUGCUGACUGUAAACUAAGGCCACUUCCAGCUUGUAAAGGCUGCCUACAUUCCUUGGCUCCUGGCCCCCUCCUCCAUCUUCAAAGCUAGCAGGUUCAGUCUGUGUCACGAACGAUUUAUCUGGUUCUCUGCAGACAGGAAAGGUUGUCCCUAAGGACUCAUGAGAUUAGGUUGGGCCCAGCCAGAUAACACACGAUAAUCUCCCUCCUCAAGGUUUUUAGUAUUAAACACAUCUGCAGGACACAUUUUGCCAUGUAAACUAACAUUCACUGGUUCCAGGGAUUAAGGAAUGAACCUCUUUUGUUGGGGAAGGGUGGCAUUCUGCUGACCACAGCACUCCAACCAAAAGCCAAAAACCAAAGCAAGACUUACUAACACAUAUCAAAUAAAUUAAAUGUACAAAAUAGUGAAUCUCAGUUAUCUUAAAUAUUCCAAUACUAUUUACAAAAUUAUUCAAAUUCUCACGCCUUCCAACUCAAAAUUAGCAAUCUGAAGUAAUUUCCAUAUCCUAGAUGGAAACCCUCAUGCUAAACUGUCUGAUUAUGCAUGGUCCUAAAUGGUUUCAGUGGCAAAUACAUAACAUUGUACUACUGAUUAAACUGAACUUAAAAGCAUCAAUACUACCAUUGCUGCACUUAA